AUGACUGAUCCAGGUUACUCAGGUCAAAAUGGGCAUUCUGAAUCUCAUCCAACGCUCGCCAUCGCCAAAUUUGCUUUCAACGGAAAGAACAAUGAUGAGUUGACAUUCACUAAAAAUGAUGUCAUCAUGAUCACUCAACAACUGGAUGGUGGAUGGUGGGAGGGCACAUUGAGCGGUGUGACUGGAUGGUUUCCAUCAAAUUAUGUGACUGUUCUCUCUGAUAAAGAAAAGCUCUCUCGUUCACGGUCAGUUCCUAGCACAGAAGUGGCUGAAGAGCACCUACAACAGCAACAUUUCGAGAGUUUCGUUCCAAUUACAGCGAAUCGAACACAGUUUAGAAAGCAGGUUCUUGAAGAUUUUCUUAAAAACGAGCAAGACUAUUUGUUACGACUUCGCAAAACUGUUGAUGAAUAUUUGAAGCCAUUGAAGCAAGCUGAAAUAAUGCCUGAUGAAGACUAUGAUACCCUUUGUGGAAAUAUUGAGCAAAUCCUUCACUUUCAAACCGAUGUCAUGCAUAAAAUCAAUUUAACUCUUGAUGACGAGGUUAUAAAGCAGCGAAUCGGCGGUGUUUUGAUCAACUCAGCUCCUCCAUUGAAAGAUAUGUUAAUGGCGUAUUGUGAAAAUCAUCCAAGAGCUGUUGAAGUCAUGAAUGAAAAGGAAGAAUCUCUAAAGCUGUUUGUGGAAACGAUUGGCGGAAAGUACAAUGAGCUGGUGAUGGGUCUAUCAGAGACGUUUAUUCAUCUCGGAAAAUACCCAAUUUCGCUACAAGAAUUGGAAAGAAGUAUGCCGGAUUCCCAUGUUGAUCGAGGCGAUGUCCAACGCUCGUGUGCUGUAUAUAAAGAGAUGAAGUACGAAUGUGAUGCAAUGCGAAAACAAAAAGAAAUGCAAUUGGAAUUCUUGGCAGCAGGGCAAAUCGAGCAAUGGUCAUCAUUUCAUGAAAGAGGACGAAUCAAACAUUUGGCAUUGGCUGAUGUUGAGAGAGUGGGAGAAGACGCCGAGCCGAGAUUCGUUGCUCUUUUCGCAAACACGAUGUUGAUUCUGGAGGUGACAGCUGAACAAAACAACUACAAAUUGGUGGAGAAAUACAAGUUGGAAGGACAAAAAGUGCAACGAGUUGAUGGGAGAUAUGCGGUAGCAUUUGGAUCAGAAGUGCCAAUCAUUCUCAGCUCAGCGUCCCAUUUUGAGAUGGAUCGCUGGUUGACGGCUUUCGCUCAAUGCAAUGGGGUGACUGUGGAAGAGGCGUCCACUUCAUUUGCAACCUCUCCAGUCAGAUACAAUGUGCAGAACUUGUCUUCAAUCUCGACACCUCGACAGCCUGAAGUGACAAUGGUGCCCACACCUGAAUACGCUCGAAUAGCAAAGAAACCAUCACUUGGUGCCAAUGAGAUCAAGUUAAAUCACGAAUUGGAGAUGGUCGUACCGGAGGGUGAUGAUGAGGGAAAUGAAGUGAUGAGAGGGUACAAAGAAACACAACGGAUACACAAUGGAUACAGCGGCGCUUGUCUCCGCCCGUAUCCACCGAUUCGAGGCCCGAACUACGCGAUCGAUUAUGGAAAGAAGCCCGUGAAAAUGAGAAAUAAAGAAACGAACAUUCAAAGUAGCGAGGAUGCAAUCUUGCUGCGAAUCGUUGAGGGAUAUUGGCAAGGCGGGAAAGCGGCUGCACCAUCCUAUGAACAGGCUCCACAACUAAUCGUGGCUGAAGAUGAGAAAAUCCUCGUCGAAGAGCUGAUUGACGGGCAAUUGGUCUUUCAGGAAAAAAGUCUUGUCGAUACAGUGUAUGCUUUGAAAGAUCAAGUCAACAGUCUUCAACAGAAAAUGGAUCAAUUGAUGUCAACUGUUGAGAAAGAGCAACGAGCGCGGCGACGAUUAGAAGAUAUGUGGAGGAGAGGGAGUGAACACUGGAAUCUCUCAAAUAUCAAUUCAACACCAAGAACUGAAACUUCUUUCCUUUCCGAGAAUCAGAUGCAAGCU